GCAAAAAGGUACACAUGAAUUCCACUUUCGGCGACGAGAUUGGUACCUCAAUCUGCUCUUCGAUUUUCAGAUGUUUUUAUAUAUAAUUACUGUUGAAUUCCAACAUGACGUCAUGAGAUAAUUCUUAGCGUUCCAGGAUCAAGGAAGCAGCUUAGGUAACUUUCAAUCUGAAGGAAAUUAUUUUGAUUGUAAAGUUUAUUAUGAACGAUUCCAUUUUAGGGCAUUGGAAGGCGGAUUUGUCGGGGAAACCUUGAGGAAAUUUGCUUGUGCCCACGCAAUUGUUCUUGCUCCAGCAGCAGCAGUGCAAUUUCUCUCACGUUAAUCAGCCACUGCAAUUGCCUUUGCUUUCUCCGGCGAGCGCUAAACAUUUAAGAGCGACGGUUCUCCCCAAUUUUGUCUUUACUGACAAUCCGCUCCUUGAUUGAGGCCGUUCCCUCUGCUUUUCCCGACGAGCUCUGACCAUUUAGAAGCAGUCUUUCUCCCCAAUUUGUCUCCACAAGAAACUCGUUCGCAGAUUGAAGCCAUACACUCUGACAUCGGAUCGGCCCACUCGCGUCGUGAGGAUGGCACCACAGCGUCGUCUUCCAAUCUUAUUCCCGAAGAAAAUACAACCACUGAAAAUUCCAUCAACAUUUCACAGCGGAUUGCCCUCUUUCCCACCAAUCCCUAGAAAUCUCGUCGAGUGUUCCCGGAGAUAACAGCGGUCCUGGAAACCGGCGAACCCUCGGAGUUUCCGGUUCCCCUUUUCCAGCCCUUUUCAGAUCCCAUCUUCCUUCAAACUAUGGCGGAUAAGGAGAAUAUAUUUCGAUUCACCAGAGCUUCUAAGAAGAGAGCCGCCGACGCUGCUGCUACCCUCGACGACCGCUCCUCUAACAAGAGGAGAGUCGUUCUCGGUGAGCUUCCUAUUUUACAGAAUGCUUCUUCUUCCCUCGAUCGUAAGUCCAGGUCUAGAGCUACCAGGCAUAGACGGAGAGUAAAAUCCAAGGACACUGCUGGCACCAGUGCUGCUGCUGAAAUCAAUACACUUCCCCAAGCCGAAGGUGAUGUCAAGUUAUCUGAUGAGCCCAAUUCUGAAGACCCGCAAAUGUGCAGGGUUUACGCUUCUGAUAUUUAUGAAUAUCUUCGUGCAAUGGAGACUGAUCCAAGAAGAAGACCCUUACCAGAUUACAUUGGGAGGGUGCAAAAUGAUAUUAGUGCCAAUAUGAGGGGGAUUCUGGUGGAUUGGUUGGUUGAAGUUGCAGAAGAAUACAAACUAGUUUCAGAUACUCUUUACCUCUCUAUUUCAUAUGUUGAUAGAUACUUAUCCCUAAAUGCAAUCAGCAGGCAAAAACUUCAGUUGGUGGGCGUUUCUGCUAUGCUCAUUGCCUCAAAGUAUGAAGAAAUCAGUCCUCCACAUGUUGAAGAAUUUGUUUAUAUCACAGACAAUACCUACAAUAGAGAAGAGGUGGUUGAGAUGGAGGCUGAAAUAUUGAAGUCACUGGAAUUUGAACUUGGAAAUCCCACGAUAAAGACCUUUUUAAGGAGAUUCACAUUGGUUGCUCAAGAGACUUACGAGUUUAAUACCUUGCAAUUUGAAUUCUUGGGCUACUAUCUUGCUGAGUUAAGCCUACUAGACUACAACUGUGUUAAAUUCUUACCGUCUCUUGUUGCUGCAUCUGUUACAUUUCUAGCCCGAUUUAUGAUUCAAUCCAAGAAGCAUCCAUGGACCUCCAGAUUGGAGCAUUUUACUGGAUAUAAGCCAGCUGAUAUGAAGGAUUGCAUUCUACUUGUACAUGAUUUAUACCUUAGCAGAAGAGGAGGUGCUUUGUCAGCUAUAAGGGAGAAAUACAAACAGCACAAGUUCAAAUUUGUGUCUGUAAUGCCUUCACCUCCAGAGAUUCCUAUUCCAUAUUUUGAAGAUGUUAGAAUAUGAAUGUACAAGAUGACAAUAGUAGUUAGGAACUUACGAUAUGGGAGUGAAUAGAAAUUUAUAUUAGAUAGGAAUCUGAAUUCCAGAGGCAUGGUUCGGUUUCGAUCUACACAAGCUCUAUAAGGCAUUAGCUGAUGGGCGAAGUGUCCACUUGGAAUGGAACAUUUUUGUGCACUGGAAGGCAAGCCAAAGCUUGAAGGCCAAGCUGGCAUAUUUUCUUUCCCACAACAUUUAUUGCAUUUUCUUCCCUUGUAAAGAUUUCUUUUGGAAAACAGAUAACCCGAUGUGGCUCACUUCGUAGAUUUUAGGGUGUGUUUAGUUCUGUACAAAAUUCAGCAAUGCACAUCAUGCAUUGGGCCGGAAGCCCAUUCGAAAGCAUAGAGUUCUCAUAUAUAUAUAUAUAUUAUAUAUAUAUUUUCUUUUUUGAAGUUUGAGUUGGCAAUGUACAUAAACCACAUGUCUAAUAAUUGCGAGAACUAUAAAGGGUGGCUUGAAAAGCAUCAAAAUAUAGCAUAUUGUCAUUCAUGCAUUCUUAAAAGUUUUCUGAAGGGACAAAUAGGGUAUUUUCCAAAUUCCUACUUGUACAUGGAUUGGUAGAAGAGGGAAAACGCAGAAGAGAAGAAAAGAGAAGAGUCAAUAUGGAUAUGCUACAACAAAUGCUAUACAUAGCCUUAAAGUGACCCUCUGUCUUCAGAGAUUGAAGGGACUGAAAGCUAGAAAGAAAAGGAAGAAUGGAAGAAAGAAUAUUAAAAAGGAUUCUGCUGAAAAGGAAAAGUUGCCGCGUCUCGUCUGCUGUGUUGCUAUUUUGCAGGUUGUAUACUCAAUUGCAUUCAUUUAAGCUUCUACUUUUCUUUUAUCCUUCUUUACUGCGUUGCACUGCCAUACAAAGCCAUGUGACUUUUCCCUCCAAGUAAUCUAAGAACACCAUUGUUACGAAGUAAGUACCUGGGUUUCUUCUUCUAUCUCCCCAUUUCCUCCCUCCAUGGAAGCUCGACUGCUUCUGUUAAUGGCAGUUAUCACACUUCUGGUCUCUGGUGAUAACAAAGCGACGAUGGGGGCUGCUGCUGUUGCCUUUAUCGAUCAACAUCCGUUAUCCAAUAUGCAGGAGAAGCACAGGAAACAUCUGCAGUUGCUGUCGUCGCCCCCACCGCGGAGUCACUUGUUCAAUGCUCUCUUUGCAAGCAAGAGAAAAGUCCCCAACACUUGGGAUCCAAUCCACAAUCGUUGAAGCUGUCUGGUUGUUUGAAUCUUUAGGGAGGAAUAGGAAUAUGGGAUUAUGAGGUCGGCUUCCGAUCUGAUUAGAGUAUGAAUUUCGGUUAAAAUAGUGGUGUUGAUUCUAUUGGUAGACGUGGUCAGGUGGACUUUUGGUUUGCUUGCCUUCCUUCAGUUCGUGUAUUCGGACAUCUACUCGAUCUCAGCCUUUUUCUGGGUGCAAACUUUAUAGGGAAAUGCUACCUAUUUCUUUCCCUUUUCUUUUUAUCACAAUCAUUUUAGUAAAAUUCAAUUAAAUAUAAAACCCUUUCCACAGAUAUCUUCUCCAAAAUCUGUUUGUGUGGUGUGGCCAUAGUAUUUUUUCUUCUCUUUUGUGUCCAACUAUCUCUGUAAGCCUCAAUAAUAUUUAAAAUAUUUAUGCUAAUUUCACUGGGA